UCGCACUCGCUGUGGUAUUCGUCAUCCCGAAGUCCGGUCUAUGCCAGCCCGUCAAACGACACUGCAUUCCCCAACGACCCCCAUCAUCACCAGAACGGCGAACGCGGCGGUCACAAUGGUGGUGGCAGCGGUGGCCACGGCCGUCGACGCGGACAGGCCCUCGAACGCACCGCCCUGCACCGCCUAGCCAUGGACGAGUUCUGGAUGGCCAGACGCAAGCACGGCGUCGCCAACUUUGGCAGCCACUGGCUCAAACCCCCGGGCAUCCCCAAGACGCUGCACCAGCUCCUCGAGGAGAGGCGCGAGCAGGAAGAGCACCAGGAGGCCAUGCGGCGCGAGCAGCUAGCCCAGGAACUUGCCGAGGCGGAAGCGGAGGCUGCCGCCGCUGCUGCCGGGGGGGAGGGGCCAGACGGGGAGGAUGGGGAGAUGGAUGACGUGCAGCUCGACGGGGCGCAGGAUCUCGACGACGAUAUACCCGAGGCCGGAGACGAUUACUUCAUGUCCAAUGAUGAGGACGAUGACGGGGAUGAUAGUGACGAGAGCGACAGUGACGAGCAAGACUCGGAGGACGAUGAGGAGGAGGGCGGCGGAGGGGGCGAAGAGGAAGAUGAUGAGGCCAUGCGCGAGGGAAGGCAGAACGAUCUCGUCGCCGCGAGAAUGCGCAUGACAGACGACGCCUUUCGCGAAGCCCUCGUCCGCGGCGACCCGGAUGGGGACGACAUGUACGGCGGGGACGAGGAGCUCCACGAGCAAGACCAAGGCCACAUGCUAGACGAGGAAGAUUUCGGUGCCUACCCGAUGGGUGAAGAGGACGGCGACGACGCCAUCGACAUGGAUGCCAACCUGGACGAUGAUAUACCCGAGGCCGACGAGCCGGGCGGCUACGAGCAUACCGACUCCGGGGCCGACCUGAAGGACAAUGACGAUGAUGAUGAUGAUGACGACGACGACGUCGUCGGAUUCGCACCACGUGUUGCUCCCCUCGGCCCUCCUCAGUCUCCCACCCUUCGUGGAGGGGGUCUGAACUUUGGCCGAGGUGGUCAGCCUCGUCCUAGUCUGGACAUGAGCGGCUUCUUGUCACAGGAUGAGAGUAGCUUUAUGGACAGUAGUCCUGUACAGGCGAGACGAGCAAGGCAUGGUUGA